CCAGAAAUAAAAAAGAAUCAAGCGGUGUGUCGAAUUGCAAUUGUAAUUUUUUCCCCUAAAGUUUGCAGAGUGAUUUACAUUUGUUGGAGUCUUACUGGAUUUCGUAGCUUAUCAAUAGAGCCAGUUUAAAAGAUUAUAUUGCCAUUUUAUACAACAUAUAUUGCUUCUUCUGUCAGCAGUAAGUGAUAAGGAAUUUGUUGAACAUCACAUUUUGCAAAAAGAACAAGCAAGUGAUAACAAGGAUAAGCAAUUUCUAUUGGAAGGGAAACCGCAACAUUAAUAUUUGAAUUACCUGUUGUGUUUGUCAUCUAUUGUCUGCAUGAAUGUAUUUAGACGUGAUGUUGCUGCAUCUUCAUAAUGGCACCGUGUUGCCAGACGCAACAGUGUUGUGUAAUGGCACUCAGGCGAGAGGAGUACUAUCUGGUAAUGCUUUUCGUAUUCCAGUUAUUGUGAUACUAUCAUCUGUCCUUGGACUAACUAUUUUUGGAAAUGUACUUGUCAUUAAAGUAGUGACAAAACGUCAUCAAUACAAACAAAGAACCAAUCUUUUUGUAAUUUCUUUGGCUGUCGCCGACCUUUCUGUCGCCAUUUUUGUAAUGUCGUUCUCUAUUUUACAUUUGUGCAGUGAUUUUGAUUGGUUGCACCACAAUACAACGUACUUAAUGUACUGGGGACUAGACGUACUGUUCACAACAACGUCGAUUCUGCAUCUAACGUGUAUGACGGUUGAUCGUUACGUGGCGGUUACGAAGCCAUUUAAGUACUAUCAAAUAAUGAAGAAAAGAAGAGUAUCAUGUCUGCUUUUUCUGUGUUGGUUUUUGCCUGUUUUGAUUUCUUUUAGUCUUAUGAUGAUCAAGUUUAACCAAAUUAGUGUCCGUUCAGAGAACUGUCGCAUAACGCCUAUAUUAAGAGUGAAUGCUCUCGGUGCCAUUAUUGCAUCAGUUGCUUCCUUUUAUUUACCCGUCAUAUUCAUGAUUUUCUGCAACGUAAAAAUAUUCAGAUUCAUAAAAAGUAGAGGAAGGAAACUCCAUGAACUCACCUCCAACUAUGUCAAAGAUGUUCACCGGGAACAACAAAUACAGAAGGAAGUGAAAGUCGCGCGGACGAUUGCUAUACUUUUAGGAUGUUUUCUCAUGUGUUGGCUUCCAUUUUUUACUGUGAACAUUUUGGAACCUCUGUUUGCUUAUGAAUUACACGAAGGAGCUUGGGUAGUGAUCACGUGGUUAGGUUAUAUUAAUUCUACAGUCAACCCUUACUUAUACUACUUAUAUUCAUAUUCACAUUAUUGCCUUGCAGAACAAACUGUGCCACCCUCCUCUUCAAUGGGUUUUCUUCUCCUAGGCUCGUUUUCCCCCUGA